GUGACCUCUCACCUCCACUCGUCGGCGGUGGAGCUCUUUAGCAGCGGAGUGAAUGCUCGCUCCAUUUCCUACCUUGGCAGCUUUCCUUUCUCCAUUCUUUGGCUCCGGAGGCCUCCCACAAGCAAAGCUCGCAUCUAGGGGCGGAACUUGCAGCUUGCCGAUUCAUGUUAAAAGUUUGAAUCUUUGGUGUUUCCGAUUUGGGUUGAGAUUUGCCGGCGUAAUUCUUUUCAAUCGAGAUGCUGCACGCCAAGUCGGAGUCCGAUGUUACCAGCUUAGCCCCAUCGUCGCCGCCUCGAUCGCCGAAGAGGCAGGCCUACUACGUGCAGAGCCCGUCUCGGGAUUCCCACGAUGGCGACAAGUCGUCGACCAUGCAGGCGACCCCUGUUUUCAACAGCCCAAUGGAGUCGCCCUCUCACCCUUCCUUCGGGCGCCACUCGCGGACCUCGUCCGCCAGCCGUUUCUCCGGACCGUUACGUUCCUCCUCUGGCCGGAAGGGGUACAGGAAGAGAGUGAACGAUAAAGGUUGGCCUGAGUGCAAUGUGAUCCAGGAAGAAGGGUCCUAUGAUGACCUUGACGACGACAAGGGGUUGUCGCGCCGUUGUCAGAUCAUUCUAGGGUUUGUAAGCUUCGUCCUGCUGUUUACCCUCUUCUCUCUAAUCAUUUGGGGAGCAGCACGGCCGUAUAAGCCAGACGUUAUCGUCAAGAGCUUAUCGAUGGAUGACUUUUAUGCUGGGGAGGGUACUGAUGCAACUGGUGUCCCGACUAAGAUGGUAACACUCAACUGCUCAGUGAAGAUGAGUGUGUACAACACUGCUGCUAUGUUUGGCAUUCAUGUUACUUCAGGCCCAAUCCGUUUAAUGUUUUCGGAAAUCGCAGUUGCUACCGGAGAGUUACAGAAGUAUUACCAACGUAGAAAGAGCCGUAGAACCGUAUCAGUUGUGUUGCGUGGUGAAAAGGUCCCCUUGUAUGGUGCUGGAGCCAGCAUGACUUUGUCCAGCACCGGUGGAGCUGUGCCCUUAACGCUCGACUUUGACAUCAUAUCACGCGGAUAUGUGAUCGGAAAGUUGGUGAGGGUGAAACACCAAAAGCACAUUUCUUGUCCUCUGGUUGUGGAUUCAAGCAAAACCAAACCUAUAAAGUUCUCCCAAAAAGCUUGCACUUAUUUUUGAGCAAUGUCGAUGAAAUGGAAAUCAGCAAAUAUCGUGCAACUCGUUAUCUUCAGAAUGAGGAGAUGAAGAAGAAUAACAUUUAAAUCUGAUUUCCGAAGAGUUACCUGGAUGCUUUUGCUGUUAGCUCUCUGUUUGUUGUAAUGUUUGUGAUGCAAUUUAAAAUGAAACUUCUUAUGGUUUUCUAAAAACCUCUUCGAUGAUUAUUAUGGCUAUAUGUAAUCAUGUGGUCAAAUCCUGGCUAGUAGCCAGAUACCUAUCUUUCUCCAUGUAUUUUUUAUCUGUCCAAGGUUAGUAGUUAUACGGAAUUUACUUCUUUCA